UCUCACGAUGAAAUUCGUGCUGGUGGUGCUGUUGAUCGGGGUCCUUGCCUUGGGCGUUCGGGCGAGGCCUGAUGUGAGUUCCUUCUCCAGCUCCUCCUUCGGCGGUCACACCUCCUCCUCCUCCUCAUUCGUUGGCCAUAACUCCCCCGGCGGGUCCGGCGGUGGCGGUUACCGGCCAUCGGCUAGUACUAGCGCUGGAGGGUAUGGUUCCUCACGUGGCUCCGCAAGCGGUACGGCGACGAUAAACUUCAACUUGGGUGCGUCGAAGGGCGGUUCUCGCGACGGAAAUGGCUAUGGAAAGUAAAUCCAAUUAAACUUGACUAAGAUUAGGAAAGUUGGAAAAGGAAUGUUAAGAUUCACAUGUAAUUAUCAACAACAUUCAUUAGUUAUUAUGAAACUUCAUUAUUUAUAAGCUUCAAAAAAAUGAUAAACAAACAUCUAAAUAAUGAACAAUUUAGUAGUUUUGGUAGUUUAAGUCAUUGGAUUAAGUUUCGCCAUGGUCUGUCAUUUUGUUAAAGAAAAGACGAGUACACCUCAGCGGCCACUUAUACAUUCCCAAGUGUCUAUGAUGGAAUCAGUAAUUAAAGAUUACAUGUCUUGAUCAUUAUUUUAGGUACGGAAGCGAAAAACGAAUGUGAAUUAUUUGGAUCGUUGCGCAUCUAAUGAUACUAGGACUGUGACCUUAAUGUCUACCACAUCUAUUUUCUUGACUAUUAACCAUGAACCAUUCUCAUGAUAUUUAACAAUACUGCAAGAAAUUAAAUUUCUUCCAUGCAAACACCAACCUACGAAAUAAAUGUUUUCACUUA